AUGAACUUUCUUGGUUUCGCUUUCCCCUUGGCGUUGCUUGUAGCAGUUCAGCUAACCACUUUAACAUGGGCUGCAACGAAUGUGACAAAAACCUCAGGAAAAGGUAAAAAAGUGUUCCCUUUAUGUCAAAUCUCUUUAGCACACGCGUAUUGUAUUCUUUGGAUUAAGCGUUGCUCCUGCAUAAGCCAUCUGAAACUGUAACUCAAACGCGAGCGGGCGUACAAAGUUUGUCUAAGGCACCCUUGAAACUUAUUUUACGGCGGAAAUUUUUUUCUCAGUCUCAAAUGCUACAGUUCUUCAGUAGACACACCUUAAAGAGCGGUAUACGUAGUUACUUUUACAUUUUCGCAAACAUAGAGCAAGCCUGUUCAAGCCUGUUCAACCCUGUGUGGGUUGUUAAUUCGAUUCCGAUAGUAGAUCUAAACGUAAACUUUCACAUAUGGAUGUUUGAUCGACAAAUUUUGAACUAUGUACUUCUAGAAAAAAUUAAACUUUGAGAUACACUAUUUGUUACCUGCUGAAAACAAUUUACAGUAGCACAAAAGAAAUUGUGGCGGACUUUAAUUUUUAUCUCACGGAAGUUUUUUCCUAGAGAAGUUUAGCGAGCAAAUCGUUGCAUCUUGAGUACAAGAAGAAAACUAAGAUGUUUGAUGUACGCUCGAUGGGCCGAUCAAGCGACUAAUUGAAAAUUGACUUUUGUUUCGAGUUUUCGUCUCUUUUCUUUUUUUAACUUUGUGAGGAUGGCAGAUGACCUAGAGAAAGUUAGAUAAACGUUGGCUAAACUGCGCUAGGUUACGCUAAUCUUCAAAGAAGUUUACACGGCAAGUCAGUCCUCCAAAGAAUACAAAGAAAAAGAGAGCCUCUUUCCUCAAACUCUACGGUCAGUUUUCGAUUUUGGUCAUCAUGGCUGAUGAAAUGUGUUUCAAAGAUUUUUUCAAAUUCUCCUAACCGGAACAAUACACUAUUAAUUCUGCAUUAGGGAGCAACCAACAUUUAUCACAUGGGGGGAGAGGGGGGAAUGGAAGGAGGAUUUUAGGGGGCCAAAGUACUUUUUAGGGGGGUUCAUAUGGUUUUCAAGAGAACGAAAUGGGGAUCGGUCGUUGUUUUACAGAGUAUAAAAGGAAAAAAAUUGAAAAAUUGUAUAUGAGUGGGGAUCAUUAGAAUACUACAACAACCCCCCUCCCAUCCCCUCACCCCCCCUUUUUCCCAGGCGAUAAAAGACAAAUGACCGGUUUAUUGAUUUGUAUACGAAAAUUUAAUUGUUGUAGAGCUCAUAGAGCUAACAUAAAAAUUGCAAAUAAUCCUAAACUGCAUUUCUUUGAAGAAUGUUUUACGGAAAGACAAACAUUCCUACUCGAGGUCUUAUUUUGUUCAGCAAAACAAUUUUAAAAAACUUUUUUUCGGAAAAAUUUAAAAUGAAAAAUACAUAUGGUCCUAAACUGCAUUUCUUUAAAGAACGUUUUACAGAAAGACAGAUAUUCUCACUCGAGCUCUAAUUUUGUUCAGCAAAACAAUUAAAAAAAAGCUGAUUUAUCAAAGAUUGAAAUAUUAACUUUUAUCAUUACACCAGAGUGAGAAUCGAGUGGAAGAAUAACACACGGACCCCUGUGGAGGUAGUCGUCAUCUUCUUUCGGAUGAAUAAUCUCUAUAAAGGAUAAGAUUUAUGAAAUAUAGCAUAAUUUUGAGGAACAUGUGAUAAUAUGAAUAAAAAGGCAACUUUUUCUUGCGUCAAAGAUUACGAUGAGCAAGGAGAACACCUGGGUGAACAACCAGUACGUCGCGUAGUACCAGCGUGCGAUCUUGACUCCUUCUCAUUGGGUAAUAAAAAACCAACCUUUCCAGAGCAGCCAGGUAUCACCCUUCCCCUCUGCCCAGACAAUCAAUAUGCCAUUUUCUAUAAUAAUAAUUGGGGAAUUGCACGGUACACACUCUACAAGAUUACCGCCGCACAAGCCUUGAAAGCCAAGACAAACCCAGUACCAAGACCUAAUGACCCAUGGCAACUGGAUAAGACGCCAGGUAAGUUAAUCAGUGUUACUGUUAAAAUUUACUUUUUUAAUGAAGAAAUUUGGGAAAAAAAUUAAUUCAUUUGUCAUUCCACUACUACAAAGUCUGUUCGUCGUGUUGUUUUGGUCUUUCACGCACUCCUAAUGCGAUCGAUAAGAUGCUGAGAUGAGGUUAUGCGAGUAUUUCGUGAACUUUAAGUUAAAACACUCGAAAACGGGUGUAUAUACAUAUAUAUACGUAUACGUGUUCUUAUAUAUAGAUGGAUGGAUCGAUAUUAGGUAGAUAUAAUAUACAUUUACAUUAUGCAUCAUAACGCCAUUUUACCACAUUAAGGCAACGCGUACGGUGCACACAAAACAUGCGACGGUAUUACACUGCAGGUAAAAUGGAGCAAAAAUACGAAUGGAAAGAGGAGAGACUUGUGAGAAGAGUCGUGCAUGAUGGGUAAAUCAUUUUAAGCAAACAAUUUCCUUGACUUAUCUGAGAUAAUUCGCUUUAACAUUUUGCAACUGUGAUUGGGAUCGAUAGAGAACAAAAUUUCUUGGCUUGUGACUGACAUCAGCGUACUUUAAAACUCUCUCAUGAUCAGGGAUUCGUCAAGGAAGCAGUGCAUUGUAUCAAAACCAACCUUUCCCGGGUAGAUACCACAAAGGUCACCUCGUUCCUGUUAACAUCUUACGUUACAGCGAUAAAAGUGUUCUUGCCACUUUCACCUACACCAACUGCGUGCCGCAAAUUGGGAAUUUCAACUCAGGUCAGUGGUUAAAGUACGAACUAAAAAUAGGGAUAUAUGCCCAGGACUAUUGUGCUCCAAUAGGCGGAACUCUUUACCUGAUCACUGGAACAUCACAGGUUAAGUUUAAUGAGAAACUUAAUCUUAAAGGCGAAAUAAUCGGGGUGGAUAAGUCGGUGAAACCAAUGGAGGGGUUCCAUGGCAACGUGGAUGUACACCAAAAGAUCAAAAUUCCAAACUCAAUGUGGACGGUGGGCUGUUGCUUGAACUUGAAUACCAAUCAAGUCGUGGGAGCGUUUGGUGUAAUGGGUGAUAAUUCUUUAGACAAAAAGCCCUUAAAUAAAUUUAUGAUGUCCCAACAAAACGUCGCAUAUGUUGAAAGCGCCCUUAAAUUAGAGGAUUCAACAAUUAAGUUGUUUCCUAAGGGCAAAGAUUGCUAUAUGCCACAAAAAAACGUUAAAUUGAAUGAGAUACAUAGAUGAUUUUAUCGUGUUUCUUGGAAGGAGUCUGAGGGGCACCUUGGGUGAAAUAACCAGAUUCUGAUCAAUGCACAUUUUUAACAUAUCUCAGCCGAAUUUUAGUGUACGCCUCGCUAAAUUCAAAAGAUUUGUUUAAACUGAAAUCUCCCUCCUCUGUUUGAACCCGGAAAAAUAAUAAAUAUCCUAGUUACUUGUUUUUUUCGGGCUGUACUGUUAGUUACGAACUCGGUUAGAAAGAGAUGUUUAGAGCUUGUAUUUUCAUCCUUUAUGUUCAAAAUAUGCAUGCUACUUUAUCUGCUAAACAAUAUAUACUGUAACGA